GUUUGUCUGCCGAAGUACCCAUACCGCCGCUAUGGCUCUACGAUCUUGGAUUUCCCGAGCGCAGCUUAAAUCUGUUUCGGGGUGGAUCAAUAAUGAUAUCCGGCCUUUGGAAUCUGGGAGAAGAACUUGGAAUUUUCUCACUUUCCACAACUACUGGCUUCUAGUUAACUGCAACAUCACGAGUUACCUUACCGGUAGCGCGUUGAUCCCGUUGGGGCUGACGUGGUGGCAAGCAGUCAUAGCCAUUGUCGUUGGAAACCUUCUCGCUACGGUUGCCGUCGUUCUGAAUUCACUCCCCGGAGCCUAUUACCAUGUUGGCUUUCCCGUCAUAAAUCGCACGGUAUGGGGAAUGUGGGGUUCAUUAUUCCCCGUAUGUAACCGUAUCUUCCUAUCACUGAUUUGGUACGGCUUCAAUUCCUGGAUCGGCGGCGAAUGCAUCUACCUGAUUCUCCUAUCCUGGGAUCCAAACCUGGAGCAGCAUAUCCCCAACCACAUGCCCGAAGACGUCGGCAUGACAACCGCAUCAUUCGUGGCAUACAUCGUUUUCUGUGUGAUAUCCUUGCCGUUGAUCUGGACCCGGCCCCAUCGCCUCCAAAAUUUCUUCUACGUCGCUUCGAGCAUAACAAUUAUAUUUUUCAUCGUGCUAUUAAUCUGGGCCUUGGCGACAAUGGGCCCCGCCGGCUUCGGCGACACACUGAGUAACAAUACGGCAAUCCCCAAGACUGGAGGUCCUAACAGCGUGAGCUGGCUCAUGGUGUAUGGCGUGGUGUCGACCAUUGGCUCCAUCUCGGCCGGCAUCCUGAACCAAAAUGACUACGCACGGUUUGCAACGAAACCCAAAUUCGCUACCUGGGGCCAGGCACUUGUAUUUCCCUUCUACGGUACUUUGACACCUGUAGUCGGCAUUCUGGUCACGGCUGCAACACAGCACCGGUUCGGGGGCACCGCUAUCUGGGACCCGCCGACUUUGUUCCAGCAAUUACUGACACAGAACAACAGCGCAGGGACGCGCGCGGCAGUGUUCUUCACUGGGCUUUGCCUCUCCGUCUCACAGCUGGGUCUUAAUGUCCCUGGCAAUGCGCUUUCAGGCGGCUUCGACCUCGCCGCAGUGUUUCCGAGAUACGUGAGCCUUCGACGCGGCGCCUACAUCACUGCCGUCUUGAGUAUUGCCGUCAACCCCUGGCAGCUAGUCAACACAGCCACCACGUUCCUAACCGUGCUGUCCAGCUACAGCGUCUUUCUGGGCCCAAUGACCGGCCUCAUGGUCUCGAGCUACCUGCUCGUCCACCGCCAGAAAAUCAAUGUUGACCACCUCUACAUUGGCGACAGAACCAGCAUCUACUGGUUCACAUACGGAACUAACUGGCGCACAAUUGUAGCAUGGCUACUCGGCGUAGGACCAAGCCUACCAGGCUUCAUAGCCGCAGUCAACACAUCCGUGUCCGUUCCGCCCGGUGCAACAGAGCUGUACUACAUUAGCUACAUCUAUGGCUUUCUAGCUUCUGGCUUGGUACUUGCUCUUCUGCAUUACAUGUUUCCAUCACCGCUGCAGGCACAAUUUACAGAUCAGCCGAUUCCGCCGGCCGAUAUUCGCCGUAUGUAUCAUGAGAAAUGGGACGUGACGCUAUUUGAGACUACCGAGAUCCUGGAGGGCCAACCUCUUGACACUAUCAAGGUGGAUCACCCUAAGGUGCUCACUGAACUUUGAAAUCCUCGAGAGUCACUGGAUGUAGCACAAAACCCGACUACAUCUCACUUCUCCCCCCUAGUACCUCUCAGUGUUACUCUCAGGCUCUCAAGCAUGUCCUAUGUAGAAAUGAAUCUGUGGCUUAGCUCAAGGCAGCUCACCGCUUGAGAAGGGUGCUUUUUUGUUGUUUCUUUUAUUUCUGCUUGAAUCUCAAUGUUAAGCGUUACAGGAACUGCAUUUCUCUCGCACAGCCCAUACAAUUAUGCUUUAGUUAUAAACUUUAGUGAAACAGGCUGCGGCAAAACAUCAUUCUUUACAGUGGUCAAUGGCUACUCCUGUUUUUCGAAGUUAUGCGGUGGUUAACUUAGCGAAUGGCGACUUCUUGACUGUAGCCAGCUUAUGGCUUUACAAGAGUUGAAUGUUAUAACCGAGC